ACACUGGACUCAGUUGAGAAGGAAAGUGAUCAGUACCAAAAACGACAUUACAAUGUCCAACUCUGACUGCCUUCCCGACUACCCGGUCACCUCAGAUCUGGUGAAGAGAUUAAAGUCUGCCCUGGACGCCAGCAAUGAGGAGGGUGUGAGACGCUUGAUCUGCACCGAAGUUGGGCACGUGGAUGCCGUCAUAGAACUGGCCAACGAUGACUGGAUAAAAGACCCCUCAGCCCAGCUGCCCCCUGGGGUGCUAAAAAUAGAAAAAGAGUCUCAAGGAAGAGCUGGGUCCCCGGUGCUCGAGUAUCACGCAGCCUUGGUCUCGGGAGACCUGCACCGCCUAGAGCCUCUCAUGGACCGGUUCUUCCAGGAUGCCAACGUGGUGUUUGAGAUGAAGAAGGAUGAGAUGGAAUGGCAGGUGACAUCUAAAGCCACGUUUGGACUGUCAGGCCUCUGGACCCUGGAGUACAAACGCGAGCUCACCACGCCCCUGUGCAUCGCGGCGGCCCGCGGCCACACGGCCUGCGUGCGCCACCUGCUCGGCCGCGGCGCGGACCCCGACGCCAGCCCCGGCGACCGCGGAGCGCUGCACGAGGCCUGCCUGGGGGCGCACACGGCCUGCGCCCAGCUGCUGCUGCGGCACGGCGCCCACCCCGACCUGCCCAGCGCCGAGGGGCUCGCGCCCCUGCACUGCUGCCGCACGGCCGCCUCUCUCGGGUGCGCGCAGGCGCUGCUGGAACACGGCGCCUCGGUGCACCGCGCGGGCGGCGCGGGCCGGGACACACCACUGCACGUGGCGGCGCAGCGCGGCCUGGACGAGCACGCGCACCUCUACCUGGGCCGCGGGGCGCGCGUGGACGCGAGGAACGCCAGCGGCGAGACGGCCCUGAGCGCGGCGUGCGGAGCGGCGCGGCGGCCCGACGAGCACGCGCGCUGCCUGCGCCUGUGCGCGCUGCUGCUGCGGGGCGGGGCGGCGGCGGACGCGCGCGACGAGGACGAGCGCGGCCCGCUGCACAAGGCCUGCGGGCACGCGCGGCCCGACCUGGCGCUCCUCCUGCUGCGGCACGGCGCCGACCCGGGCGCGCUCGACUACGGCGGCGCCUCGCCGCUGGCCCGCGUGCUGCAGGUGGCCGCCUGCGCGCCCGACCCCGCGCCGCAGCGCACCGCGCAGGCGCUGCUCAACCACGGCGCCCCCGCCGUGUGGCCCGACGCCUUCCCCAAGGUGCUGAAGGCCUGCGCGCCGGCGCCCGCGGUCAUUGAGGUCCUCUCAAACUGCUACCCUCAGCUCCAGGUGGCAGAGUCCUGGAAGGCAGUGAUCCCCGAAGAAGUAUUUCAGGUAGGGGAGCUGCCCUUUCUUCCCCUUGAGUGCAGAAUUGUCGUCUGUGUCUGCUUAGCCGUGUGUGGAGUGCUGCACUCACACCCAGAAGCACCAGCCUUUCUACCAGUCCUUCUUUGCCUUGGCCCACACCCCACGCUGUCUGCAGCAUCUUUGCCGCUCUGCCAUUCGGAAAUCAUUUGGCAAGGAGUGCUUCAACCUCAUACCCCUGUUACCCUUGCCCAAGUCCCAGCAAAGUUACCUCCUUUUGGAGCCAGAGGGGGUUUUGCACUAAGAACCAGAGUGUUUGGAGUAAGGGUCUGGCUCUCACCUUCUCCCUCCCGGGGAGGCUGCAUGCGGAGGAGAGCUCCUGGAUGAGGGGGUAGCGGACCAGCACCAGACCUCCCGUCCCCGCUGGCCUGGCGGACGCACAGACCUCACCACGCGCAGGUUCACCUCAGAAUGGAGUUGGUAUAAAAGCCCUCUUUGUCUCUCAGGGUUGCUUACAACACUCAAAAUUGUGAAUAUCUUGCUUAGUAUAGCAGAAAGGACCUUGCAGAAGGUGAAUAAAUGGUAUACAUAUUUUUCCAAGGUUUGUCUCCUUCCCACAAUGAGUUGGCACCCAUUCUACCCAGCCUUCAGACCUUUGCCUCGUGUGAACGGCCCCUCCUCCUGGAAAGGCCCUGUCCCCAACACAUGACCAGUGUAUCUACUGAGACAGGACACCUGCUUCCAUGACAAGGGUGCCUUUCCAGGUGCCCUCGGCUCCCUCCCGGCGCAUUACAGCCCAGAGCCCCGUAGGAGGAUAACAGAGGGGUGGUGUGCCAAGAGUUUUGAUUCUGUGUGAGUCUUCUUACACCCUCACCAAACCCCAAAUGAUUCAUCUCCAGUGAAUGUCCAGGAAGCCAGGUGCCAGGAAUAGACUCGGGGUAAUGAAGGUUGCCGUCACCCAGCCUGAGCAUCACCUAACAGAGCUGUUCUAAGGGUCCAGGAUUGCAUUAACCAUGUCUUCUAUAUUCUGGUACUUUGACAUUUGGGGCCCUGCUGGCCAUGGAGGGACUGUCCUCCCCAGAUCAGUCAACUCCUAGAGGGAGUAACAACCUGCCCCUGCCCAUGCUUUUCAGAUGUAAACCAGAAAACCAGCCAAUCCAGUGGUCACACCCCAACCACCUCCUUCGUUAAGCUCCCACUCUGGGCCACUCUCCACCUGUCCUGAUCACCCCCGGGCCAGGUGCCAGACAGGUCCAGACAGCCAUUAUAUCCCAGAGCCUGCUGCGGUUAUUCAAACUAGCCAGUCCUAAACCUGUCUGUCCAUCCCUUCCACGGAAACCACAAUAAAGGCUCUUACAUACCUCCCCUCCCUCCUCCUCCUGAGCCCUGGUGCUUCCCCACGUGGCCCCAUGGCAUGGCGUGCCCCUUCUCUUCAGAAUGGUGAGUGAUAAACUGUUUUCAAUGGCAAUCAUCUCCUGAUCAGUUGGCUGUACUAGACCUCAGAUAUUCUAAAACUCCACAUUUUUAAAACAAAGAUUCUUUAUGGUCAUCCUCUGAGCAUACCAAUGAGAAGGGUGCCUUCCCAGGUGCCCACGGCUGCCUCCCGGCACGUUACAGCCCAGAGCCCCAUAGGAGGAUAACAGAGGCCACUUGAGCCACUGCAUGGUGCUGCAGGGAUGAGCCUUUAAAGAGUGAGGCACGCCUUCCCAUUGCUGCAGUACGGAAGAGGGGUUCACGUCCCAGAAAACAACUAGAGUGCAAGGUAGGACGUUGUGUGCACCAGUGAGGAACCCCACUGUGGAGGUGAAACGGGGCCAGGCAGGGCCCACCCCGUGAGAGGGGCAUCAUGAAGGGGCAGCCAGGCUGAUCAGAUUCCCACACCAGGGUUCUGCCAGAGCAGUGAUAGCACAGCACCCCAGCACCUGCAGAUGACCCUCCCACAUCCCACCCUUUCCUAGACAACUCACCUGACCUAGAAAAAGGCUAUAAAAACAUGGCCUCAAGACCCUCGCACCCACAGCCCAGGCAGAUGGCUCUCCCCAGUCCCUCAGGAGACAUCCGGAAGUCCUCACUAUAUCAAAAGGGAAACUUGAAUGGAGGUAGUAAUGCAGGAAAGUUCAGGGCACCUGAGAGGAACGGAGAUUUGUCCUCCUGGAGGGGACAGUCCAGUUGCUUUGGCAAGAGGAAGGAGGCAGGGGUGGAGGGGUGGGGAGCAUAUCAGAAGGGCCUUGGCUUCUGGACCAAAAAUUCUGAACCUCACUGGACAAGCUAUGAGGAGCCUCAGGGCAGCUGAGCUGCUAUAGUCACAGUGGGGCUCCAGGGAGAUUGCUUUGUCCUGGAAAGGGACACAGGACACUGCAGGACAAGUGGGAGCCUCUGGGAGCACCCCAGAGACAGGGCUUCAGACCCCGGCUGUUCCACUGAGCAAGAACUUAACCAAAAUUUGCUCUGUGGGAAUAUGAAUGUAUCUGCACCUGUCACAGGGUUGGGAGUCAGCAAAUUAAUGAACUUAAGGUAAGGCGUUUGCAAUGCUAAAGGGACCUUGAAAUGCAGAUUCUGACCUUGGAGGUCUGCAGGGAGGCCCUGUUCCUGCGGGUCUGUGAACUUGAAUGUUUCUAACAGGCUUAUAUUUUGUCCCACUAAGAACAGAGACUGCAGAGCCCCAGGCCCAGAGAAUAAAUGUUCCUUCUAUUAUGAUUGUUUUAUUAUUAUUAUUAGAAGAGAGCCUAACAUUGGGAUAAAGUCUGUAGAAAGUAGAAAAGCAAAGUCACGUCACAUAUAAGAACAAGUAAAAGGGGCGAGAACAGCAAGAAGUGCAGCCACUGGGGGCCCCCUGUCCUCACUGCACUUUGCAAAUUAGAAUCUGAGCGAAGAUGCCGGCUUUACAGGCGGCGUCCUACAGCCGCCUCUCUCCCUGCCAACCCCACUUAGAAAACAGUUUCGUUGUGUUUCUGAAAUGUAUUAAAUUUUAAGUAUGUUUUGAGGUACUGAAACAAAGCAGAACUCUUAAAACAUAUUGACCUUCUAUUUCUAAAAUUCUGACGAAUGUUGACCAAUUUCUAGGUUUCCCAACACGUGUUUUCCCCCAAAUUAUAGCUUAAAAAAGACAACAGGAUUCUCACAUUGAGCUCCAGACAUCUCCCCAUUGUUGCCUGAAAUGCCACCAUUGUGGAGGAAUUCUUUCUUUUGCAUUAUUUUCACCCCCAGAAAUCUUCGGUUAAAAUUCGAAUCUGCUAAAAAUCAGAUUUUGUUAAAAGUCAGCUCCCAGGAAGAGCUGAUCCCUUGAAGUUCCUUAGGGUUAAAUCAUUCCUCAUCAGGUCCAUCAUUGUUUCCCUUUUAUCCAAUCCUGACUGAGCCUGCUGGGGGCAGGGCCAGUGCUUCGGGCUGAGGACUGGUCACCAGCAAGGUAGGGUGCCCGGAAGCUCACAGCCAGAAGAAGGCCACCUUGUCAGCAAGGCUGCUGGACAGGCCUGGGCACGCUGGGGGAAGAGGGGAGAGGAGGGGCUCCAUUCUCAGCCACCCUCUGUCUGGUUUCGCAUCUGUGUCAAAUGAGGGCUGCCGACUCCCGGGGCAGACAGCAGUCUGGGCACUUUAUGGCCUCCUUGUCCAUCACUCUCACCGCUGUGCCUUACACACAGUCACGUGACAUCCAUGACAAGCACCCCGCCCCACCCCACCAACCAAUACCGACACCACCAGUCCCUCACUCUGGGUCAGUACAUGGUAAUGAACUGAACCCCCUAAGAUGGAAGGAGUCUUUACCCUGCCCCCAUGACAUUGCAGCUGCACGAGAAUAAGCAGCAGAUAAACUGGCACUAGAAAUUAGUUGUGAAUUACCUGGGCUCUAGUGGCUGUCCACUGGUGCUGAAUAAUGUUGCUGAAGUAUGGUCAUGUCCGUGAGCAGCAAAACUGCUUGGUGGUGGUGUGUGGGCUCUCCUAACGAUCAAAUGAGAUGGAGGUCAUUCAUAGCUUUUCAGAAUGUAAUUACAGCUAGCAAUUUGCUUUAUUAACCAAAAAAUAGCAUCAGAAAAUUUGUUGUUUUGAUGACUGUGUCUAGCUAUGCUCUAUGCUACAUGUAUCAGAAAGUUCUGAAAUUAAGGGAACUUGCAUAAUUCCACAUAGAUAAGAAUGAGAAGGAGGAUAAGGAGAAGAGAGGAGAGGUGAGUGGGGAAGGGAAGGAAGGAGGGGGAGAGGCAGAGAAGUGAGUUAGCCGAGAUAAAUAUCCAAGAAGACACUCUGCUUUGAAGCUAGAAGUUUCCUGGUUGACUUCUUUUCCAGUGAAUAAAAUAUAUUCUGGUUAUUUCUUUUAUCAAAUGGUCUAAAAAAUGUUUUCCGUUCUUGUAUGGUUGAUAUUAGACCAUCAAUCCUUUUCUCUUUAAAUGAUUACAUAAACCCCGUUCUAUAAAACUAAAUUGUUUUCUUUAAUUUCAAAUUCAAUUUUUAAUGAUGCAUUCACAUAGUUGAAAAUUCAGAAGGCAUCAAAAGAGUAAAAUGCUGUUUCUACUAAAAAAAAAAAUAGGAAUAUUUUCCCUCCAAUUUUUCUUGACUAUCUUUGACUAUACCACUUGUCAUCUAACCAAAAAUUUUUCAAAAAUAUACAAGGGAGGUUUUCCACCCACAACGGGCCUGAGACAGUUCUCCUCCUUCCACCCUGACUGUACCCUGGACAUGAAGGAAUGUCCACAGCACAGCAGGAUGGCCAGACAGGACCCACAGUCCUCGGGCGCUCAGUACGUGGACAUGGGACCAUAUGACUUUAUUAUGUUUAAAAUUCUGAACACAGCAUUGAGCCUCUCUUUUUAGCAUAUUUGUGUACAUUUAACUUUUAAGUUGCAUGAUAACCAUUAAUUCAGCAUGUUUUGAAGAAAAUCAAAACCGCAGACUCUUGAACAAGCAGUUUGCUAAUCCCAGUAACUGUAGAUAAUCAUUACAUUUCCAAUCUCCAGAAUAACCCUUUAAACACACGUUGACGGGGAAGGCUGUUGAACUUUUUCAAAGAACACUUAACCCUCUACAAAAAUUGUGUAAAAUACAGGCUUGGAGAAUGAGCUGGUCUGCUCCAGUGACCGGUCCUGAUGUGGGGCGGCUAUGAUGGAGUUUAAUCACUGCAAUUGUGGUUGAUAUUAGCUUUCCAAGUGCUUUUCAUCUCUUAAGGGCUGCCCAAAGACCAAGUGAUAAAGCAGGAAUAUUGCAUCGUUUAUUCCAUUAUUUCAGAAAUAAAUUAUUCCUUAGUCAAAUUUUCUAUGUGCACUUGAGAUAUUCAGAAGCCCUAAAGAUUCAACUAUUAUCAAUACUGUUUCUUAUUUUUGGACUUUAGUAUACUUUUCAAACUCCCGGGUGUGUCUUGAAAUUGUCAAAAUCUUUCUAUUUUAAAAUAAAAAUGAGGGUUAUUAAAUUGCUAAAAUAAGCCUGAGGUUAAAUUUCUAGAGCCUAGUGGAGGAUUGAAGUAUUGAAAAUCAUUUUCAUAGAGUCCUGCAGGUGGCGCCAUAAGCAAGCGAUCUUACCCUCGUCUGCUGAGCCGUGCUUCCCACAAAGAGAAAACAAGAUUUUAGCUCACAUGAUAAAGGAAACUAUAGAAGAACUAUAGAAUAGUGAUGCAUCGUAUAGAAUUGUGCUGCUAUAAUUUAAAAAUCAGUAAUUAAAAUAUUGAUUAUGGAAUUGUCUACUUCCUUUGUAUUAAAUAUGUGUGCUUUAUAGGAAAUGUGUUUAUAAAUAAAUAUAAUUUUAAGUUGACUCUUUUAUGAUGCCAUAAUGACAGCCCAAUCCUCAUUUGUGUGUUAAGCGUGUUCUUUAACAAAAUUAUACAUUCACCAUUGCAAAGUAACUAGCCGGGUUUCCAGCCUUCAUCUAAUCUUCCAGAAUGGUAUUUCUGCAGUCCUAACAUUCUGCUUAAUCACUCCAAUAAAAAGAGUAGAUUUCUUUGUAAUGCAAUUUGUAAGCAAUAAACAUGAUUGAGA